AUGGUUCAUCCAGCAGCGACGAUGGAUGAUGGCACACCAAAAGAAGGUCAGGGGUUUGCCGCCUGUCCUUUGUGCAUGGAAGAAAUCGAAUCAGGGAAGCAUUACCAUCGUCACCUUGCUCGUCAUUUACAGGAACUUGCUCUAUUCAUUCUGCCCGGCGGUGAGGAAAACUCUGACGUUAGUGAGGACCAGGAUGCUGAGUCGAGUUCAAGCGCCGAGAGCGUCGACCUCGCGGCAUCUCAUGAUAGGUCGGAGUCGCCAGAUGGUCUACCGGAUUCUCCGGUCGAGCACCCGGCUGCAAUCGAGAAUCUACCCUUUCUGUAUGCGACGCAAGAGAUGAAUGAGAUUCGGGAGAAAUUUCGAAAGCGGUUUACGGAGAGGCGAAGGCUACUAGGAGAAGACCAUCCAGACACGCUGACCAGCAUAGACGAUCUGGCAUGGAUGUAUCGAGGACAAGGACGGUGGGAAGAGGCGGAGGGCUUGGAAACGAGAGUGCUAGAAACGAGACAAAGACUACUAGGAGCAGACCAUCCAGACACGCUGAUCAGUAUGAGCAAUCUGGCAUCGACAUAUCAUCAACAAGGAAAGUUAGCACAGGCGGAGGACUUGGAAACGAGAGUGCUAGAAACGAGAGAAAGAAUACUAGGAGUAGAUCAUCCAGACACGCUGAACAGUAUGAGCAGUCUGGCAUCGACAUAUCAACGGCAAAGAAAGUUAGUACAGGCGGAGAACUUGGAAAUGAGAGUGCUAGAAACGGGACAAAGACUACUAAGAGAAGACCAUCCAGAAACGCUGACCUGUAUAAGCAAUCUGGCAUUGAUAUAUCAAAAACAAGGAAAGUUAGUACAGGCGGAGAAACUGUAUAAACAAGCGUUGACCGAAGGAGAGAAAGUAUUGGGCCCCAACCACGAAAUCACUCUCAAGAUCGUUCACAACUUGGGCAGUCUUUAUCAUCUUCAAGAGAAGCUGGCAGAAGCCGAAAAGAUGUACCAGCGGGCACUGGAGGGAAGAGAGAAAUUUUUUGGCCGGGACCAUGUUGACACACUCGAUACUGUCAACAGCUUAGGCAGUCUCUAUGUUAAACAGGGCAGGAUGGCAGAAGCCGAAAAGAUGUACCAGCGGGCACUGGAGGGAAGAGAGAAAUCAUUCGGCCGGGACCAUGUUGACACAAUUGCGCAGGCUUUUACAGCAAACAGGGCAAGCUAG